AUGUCGGCUACCAAAUUGAAUAAGGAUGGGGCUAAGGCCCAGUCCUUGGCGGAGCUGAAGAACGGCAAGGUCGUCUUCAAGCAGAAGCCCAUGUCUCUUGAGCAGAACUCCGAGACGCUUCAAGAGAUCAUCGCAUUCCGCGACAUGCUCUCCGCACGCGCCGAAGCAAGCGAGCCUCCCCUCACCGAGAUACCCGACGACCACAAGCCCGUCAUCGCGAAGCUCUCCUUCGAGAGCGACAAGACCCUCACCGCCCUCUGCAAGCACAUCCAGCAUACCCUACUUCCCCCUCCCGACGAUGAGGAUGAUGCGGACCCAACGACCUCUGACCUCGCGCGGCUGGUCCCGCUGUCCGCGAUUGAGGCAGUGGUGAAGCGCGUCGCGUCACGUGUGAACUACGGUCUGGAAGCGCCCGAUGGGUGCAAGCCGCCAGCCAGCGCUUGUGCGUGGCGCUGGGAGAUCAGUCAGGACUACAAGGACUGGCUGCCCAAGAACAUCCGCGAGAAGGCCGAUGUGCGGAGGCAGGACCGAUUACAGGCCAAGAAUGAGCUGCAGACGGUCUUCUCGGCACUACCCGCCGACGAGCAAGCCAGCAUACUGCAUCUCAAGAACGCCCCAAAACCUCACACACCCUCGGGCGACGUAUCACCAGCGAAGCAAGCCGUCAAGGCUGAGGAAGAUGCUGACGCUACCCCACGCCCGAGCGCAUCACCCAGCAAAGCAGAAUCGUCUUCAUCCGCUAAGAAGCCUCCCGGGCGUCCGAAGGAUCCCGCGAAAGCUGCAGAGAAAGCUGCGGAGAAAGAAGCCAAGGAGAAAGAAAGACAGGAGAAGAAGGCCGCGAAAGCUGAGCGGGAAGCCGCGAAGGAGCGAGAGAAGCAAGAGAAAGCGGCCGCGAAGGCCGAGCGCGAGCGCAAGCAAGCCGAGGCGCACGACAAGUCGCGUUCGCUGAUGGCCAACUUCUUCUCCAAGAAGCCCGCUGCUGCGAAACCUCCCUUGAACAGCCAGCCUGAGGCGGGGAGCUCGCAGACGGACUUUGAGAAGACGUUCAAGCCGUUCUUAGUGAAGAAGGAUACGACGCUGGCGCCUGUCAACUGGUUCUUGGAGCCGAAGCGGGCGAGGGGGACGGAGGAUGAUGUGAUUGUCAUCGACGAGGAUGAGAGGGGGCAUGAGCCGAUGGAGGUCGAUAUUCCUCCGGUUUCGCAAGAAGAGCUUGAGAGGAUGACGCCGAGAGAACGCCUACAAGACUCACUGAAGCGGAUGCCCGAGGCUCUCAACCCCUCUCUGCUGCCACGCGGCCGCCCUCGACCUCCGGGACCCAAGUCCUUCAGCCGAGUCUCUGUCCGGGACAUCAUGACCCGCAUGAGCGAAGCCGAGGUCACCGACGACGCCCCCACCGUGCGUCGCCUGCGCGCCAAACUCCAGGACCGCUGCGCCAUCCCCGCCAAGGUCCUCAUCUUCCACACCGACUCGCGGCCGGGGUACUACGGCACCUGGACGCGCGCGUCGGACGUGAUCGGCCCGCGCACGCCGCUCGCGCGCGACGCGAACCAGCACGACUACGGGUACGACAGCGGCGAGGAGUGGGAGGAUGAGCCCGUGGAGGCGGACAACGUGGACGAGGACGACGAGGAGGGCGUCGAUGAGGAAGAGGACUCGGACGCGGACAGCUGGCUGGUGGAUGAUGAUGACGAGGAGGUCGAGCCGGGGACGCCGAUUGAUGAGCGGGAGGGGGAGGAGGAGGUGUUUGGGAUCGAGUUCAGCAGCAACGCGGCGCAUAAGAGGAAGGCGGAGGAUACGAAGGUGGGCAAGGCGCCGAAGAAGAAGAAGAUCAUGCCGCUGGUGCCGUUUGCGAAGGGGCCGUUUUACGAGCAGGAGGUGGGCCACUGCGAGUAUGAGCCGUUUGCGGCGUAUCGGAUACAAUUGUUCAAUGACACCCCCUUCCCCGUCGACCCCUUCACCUACGUAUCGACCGCGGUCGAGGACAUGAAGAGGAGUAAGGCGCCCGCGCCAAUGCCCGCCGUCUCAACAAGCAGCGGCCCCUUCCUCGUCCCGCCCCUCCCCGACCACGUCAAAGCUUCCGCUACCACCGCGCCUACCGCAUCCUCGUCGAGUGCACCGCCUAAACCCUCCGCCCUUGCGCCAAAGAACCCCUUCCCGGACGCGCACCUCCCCUACCUGCUCGCGACGAUCCAGACGAUGCAGGCGAAGAGCGUGACGGCGCUCGUGGAGAAGAUCCACGCGGACCUGCAGGAGCACAAGGUGCGGAAGAACGCGAUUGAGGCGAAGAUUAGGGAGGUGGCGGAGAAGUCGGCGCAGGGGAAGGUGUGGGUAUUGAAGGCGGGGGUGGUGGGUAAUGGGCAGGCGGUUGCGGUGUAG